UUGUUACAGGGUGCGUGUGCUUGCCGGAGAGACAGAACGAGAGAAAUCACCCCUCAAGAGUGAUGGCUAGCCGCGCCGGGCCUGAGUUUUAACCACUGGGUCGGAGUCCAGCGACGUUACCAUCACGCCAUCUGCCGGUCCCAAGGACAGUCUUUUUUCAUCUCUGCAGUGAGAGCUAUGACCGGAGCGAUUGUGGACCUUAAUCUCCUGCUUUCCGGCCCCGAGGAGGCGGGGUGAAGAAAAGUACGAGAUUACCGCGAGUUGCGGGAUCCGCACGGAAAACGCGGAGACACUUCUCUGACGCACUUCCGGAGCGCCAGAGCAGACGCAAGUCGCUGGGCCUGCUGGGGAUUGGGAAGUUGGAAGCGUCAGCCGCAAGGAUGGUGGUCACCAGGUCCGCCCGUUCCCAGGCUGCGAGGCACGCCACGUCGCCUCCACGCUACCAGAAGAGUACUGCUAAAGGGGUUCCAGCACAUCCAGAAAGCAAGAAGGAAUCUGGGUCUAAUGACCCAACCGUUGCUGAACCACAAACAACUGGGAAACAAAGUUCAAUCCCUAGAGUCCCUAAGAGCAGAAACAAGAACAGAACUACAGGCUCAUUGUCAGAGAUGACUGAAUCAUGUACUAAUGGAGAGACCUCUGAAGCGGAGUCAAAUUGUUCUUCUGUGUCUGAGCCCCAGGAUCCCAUUUUCAGAGUAACAAGGAGAAGGCAGAUCUUAAUUGCAUGUACCCCGAUGUCUAAAAUUAGGAAAAAACCGAAAAUAACCCCAAUAAAUGAGUCUCAUACUGAAGAAGUUGUCUCUGAAGCAGAAUCUCAUGUUUCAGGUAUUUCUAGAAUUGUGCCUUCCCCAGAAAUAACUACAAUAACCAGAAGGAGUAAGGCUAAAUCUCUAACAGAACCAAGCCAAGAAUCAUAUACAGAAGCUGUUUCUGAUGCUGAGUCCUCAUGCUCAGACAGUUCAUUUUCUGCUGUCGCAGCUAGGAGAAGAACCAGGAGUAUGCAAAGGAAAUCACAAGCACACACCAAAAAGAAAGAUGAUAAUAUUUUACCAAGAAAUCAAAGGCAUAUCAUGGAUACAACUGUAAGUUCAGAGGAUUCAAACACGAGAGAGACUUCUGAUUUACAAGCAAAAUCUCUUUCUCAGAUAAAUAAGUCAGAUUUUUAUAAUAAUGAAAUUUGUGAUACCGAUAGUGAUUCCUCCCACAGAAAUUUGGAAAAAAUACCAGCAAUGCAAAAACAUCAAUGUUUUAAUGUAAGAGAGGAAAAACAGACCAAGGUGGCAUCUUUUAAAGAAAUAAAAAAGCAUACUUUGGAUGAAAACGCCAAUGGAGUAACAGAUGAGGAAGAAGAAAUUAAUGAGGAAAGUUCUCAGUUGAAGUGUCUUUCUGAGCUUCAGGGCACUAGCAAUCAGCAGUUAGCUUCUGAAAGGUAUUCAACUCCCCAAAAGAACGAAACUAGAUCAGAGUCCUCAAAUCUGAACUGUGAGGCUGUAAUGAAAUCAUUAGCUCAAACAUUUGCGGUUGUGGAAGUGGACAGAUGGAAUGAGGAGAGAAAGAACACUAUAAAAAAUGAUUUGACAAAGUUUGGUGAUUGUGAUGAUGAUGAUAAUGAAGACUCCACAAUUAUCGGUUUCAGCGAAGACCACAGUGAAGGGAAUGUAGAUGAGUGUGCUACCACACUAUACAAGUCUGAGAUCAACACAUGUCAGGAUAAGAAUGAUUCUGUUUUAUUAGUUCUCAGCAGUGAUGAAAGCCAGCAAUCUGAACACAGUGAGGAUGAAGAGGACACUUUGUGUUUUGUUGAAGAUAGUGGCCAAAGGGAGUCUUUAAGUGGACACCCAGGAAAUAUGUCACAUGACAAUGCAUUGUUUGUAAUUGACACAACUCCUGGAUUGAGUUCUGAUAAAAAUUUUUACUUGGAAGAGGAAGAAGAGGCAAGUGAGAGUGCCACUAAUGAACAGGAGGAAGAGGAUGAAAAAAGUGAAGAACCAUCAGACCUUGACAGAAGUAAAGAUGAGACUAGUGAUGAUGAAGAUGACUUACUAAAUAACACAAAAUCUAAACUUCUGAAGUUGACAAGCAGCAGCAUAGACCCUGGUCUGAGUAUCAAGCAGUUGGGUGGUUUAUAUAUUAAUUUCAGUGCAGACAAACUACAGUCUAAGAAGAGAACCUUAACACAGAUCAAGGAGAAAAGGAAAAAUGCGCUUCUGCAGAAAGCCAUCAUUACCCCUGAUUUUGAAAAAAAUUACUGUGUCCCACCAUAUAGUGAAUCAAAGCAUCAACUUCAGAAAAAACGCAGAAAGGAGCGACAAAAAACAGCUGGUGAUGGCUGGUUUGGUAUGAAAGCUCCAGAAUUGACAGAUGAACUGAAAAAGAAUCUAAAAGCACUGAAGAUGAGAGCAAGCAUGGACCCAAAGAGGUUUUAUAAGAAAAAUGAUAGAGAUGGCUUCCCCAAGUACUUCCAGAUUGGAACCAUUGUUGAUAACCCAGCUGACUUCUACCAUUCACGAGUUCCCAAGAAGCAAAGGAAAAGAACUAUUGUGGAAGAACUGCUGGCUGAUUCCGAGUUCAGAAGAUACAACCGAAGGAAGUAUGCAGAGAUCAUGGCUGAAAAAGCAGCAAACGCAGCAGGAAAAAAAUUCCGAAAAAAGAAGAAGUUUCGCAAUUAAGAUUCAGCAAGCAAAUCAUAGUAUUUUAUAUAUCCUGGUUACUAAAAUUAUUUUGAAAACUUAACACCAUCACAAAAAUUAAUAUAGACUGGCCUUGUUUUUAUAGGAUAUCUGUUUGGAAGAAGUUGAUUUGAGAGUCAGUUACAUGCCCUUUAGAAUAAAAAUAGAUGUGUGGGACUA